AUGCACGAGUUCAGCAUGUCCCAAGGCGCCGUCAUCUGCCUCGGCCAGCUCCUUGAGCAGGACUGCGAUCCGGGCGUUCCCGAUGGCGGCCAAGGUGCAAACAGACCUCGGGUGAGCGACGGUCACUCCAGCGUCACCGUGCCUCCGCCCGACGGGUCCAGGGUGGCCGACGGCACGACUAGACUGUGUGGAAAGUGGUACACGGCCGAGGCCGAUGAUAGCUGCGUGGUGAUUUGCAUGGCAAGUUCCAUCGACGCGGAGCUUUUUGUGAAGCCAUAGACUCUGGUAGCGAUGAGGGGCGACAUGGAAGCUACAGACGGUACGGCCAAAGUCCAAGCAAAAAAAAAAAAGAUAAAUCCCUCCCAACCCAAGCAUUCUGAGAUGCUCACAGGCCAUUGAAUAGCAUAGUCACAAUCACAUUGCA